UUUCAGUACCAAAAGCGGUAACCCCAAGCUACACUCGGGCUUACCAUGCAGCGUUGCAUAGGGAGUCCCUGCAGCGCUUACCUUGUCCUUCGCUCCCGGGAUGCGUCCCCUGCAGCAUCCCCGGCCAUCUCCUCCGGCCGAUGCCGGCAUCCAGCUUCCGUGUUCCGGUCCCUGUGACGUCGGGACGUACGGGUGCCGGAACCAGCGGCAAAUUUGAAAUUUUUUUUAAAAAUAUAAUUUUUUUAAAAUGAUUAUUUUGUCCCUAGUGCUUUGUCCUGUGCCCUGCCUGCAUUUUGACUGUUCUUUCUG